AUGGUUCCUCGCAAGCGACCGAGACCGAAUCCGGCAGCCGCAGACAGUAAAGACGAUCCGAGCAAGGCUUCAUUGCCGUCGCCGUUGCCAGCUGCAGCUUCAGACCCAACCAGCACCGAUCGCCAGCAGGAGCUGCCUACAAGUUCGCAAAAUGCCGAUGAAAGCAACGAAAGCUCACAGGGGCUACCUAAACAGGUCCGCAAGUCGCAGAGUUGGUACGGAUCUUGGCCACGAGCACCCAAAGCGACAGCGUCGACGUCGGUAGCGAAAGAAAACAUCCUCGGAGGAGGAAUCAAGCCUAUCAAGAGCGACGACCUGAGCAAAUACGACAGGAAGACCGACAGUGGCCGCGCGAGCCACGAGCAACAGCCCAAGGCCACGGACCAAGCCUCGAAUACGCCCUCAGGAUGGUUCGGCGCAGCCGAGUCCAUGAAGGAUACCAAGGACAGUGCAAGUGAUCCAGGAAGACCAACAGACGGUGAACAAUCGAACCAGCCUGAUGAAGUCACCAUGGACGAUGCACCGCCGGAAGCCAAACCGCAGUCGGGGCCUCAGUCAGGGUCAGCAUGGGCAUUCUGGUCAAAACAAUCGCCCCCAUCCAAGAAGCAGGCGCAUCCAAAUGAGCAGGGUGAAAUCGCUGUCAUUGGCGAGAGUUCCGAGGCGCACCCAACGCCAAUGGCUGAGGGGGAUGUAACAUCAGCCAAGGCGACUAAGGCUAAGGAGUCAGGGGGCAUGCUGGCGUGGAAGAGGAGCAACAAGCGGGUGCGUCCUCCGUCUAUGGACGUUGAUGCUCAGUCGCCUACCCCCUCGGGGGUCUCGACGCCUCGUGAAGCUCAGAAUCCUACCGCGGCAAAGGUUGACUCCUCGAGCAAGUCCAUGAGCGAGUCUGAAUCGUUGGCGAAAACGCAGUCAAAUCUUCUACUGCCAUCAUUCUCCGGCACAUACCAGAUGAAGCAGGAUCCUUCCAUCAUCAAACAGAUUGCCCAGCUUCUGCUCCGGUCGCAGCAGCCUCCUUCGAACCAUGUGUAUCGAUCAAAGGAGAUUCCCACGGUUCGCAAAGCGAUUUCGAUAGGUGUCCAUGGCUUGUUUCCAGCCACAUACUUACGACCCAUGAUCGGUCAACCUACUGGCACUUCAAUACGCUUCGCGACGCUAGGCGCUGAGGCCAUCAGGCGCUGGACGGGGAGGCAUGGCCUGCCAGAGUGUGAGAUUGAGAAAGUCGCCUUGGAAGGGGAGGGCAAGGUCAACGACCGGGUGGACAACCUUUGGAAACUGAUGUUGAAUUGGGUGGACCAUAUCCGCCAUGCGGAUCUUGUACUCUUCUCCUGUCACUCACAAGGAGUCCCAGUGAGCAUCAUGCUGCUGGAGAAACUCAUUGAUCUGGGCAUCCUCACAACUGCCAAGAUUGGCGUCUGCGCAAUGGCCGGCGUUGGUCUGGGUCCCUUUCCUGACUACAAAUCAGGCAUUUUCAUGGGCUCAGCCGCUGAGCUGUGGGAGUUUGGUGACCCAGACAGCGUCAACUCCCUCCGCUUCGAGUCUUGUUUGAAGAGGGUGGUGGACUACGGGGCGCGCGUCACCUUUGUCGGCAGCAUCGACGAUCAGUUGGUGCCCAUGGAGUCUGCUAUAUACUCGCCGGCGAACCACCCGUAUAUCUAUCGAGCCGUGUUCAUCGACGGUCGCAUUCACGCCCCCGAUUUUAUAGCUCAUUUGGUUGGCUUUGCUCUCAAACUUCGCAAUCUCGGUAUCUCCGAUCACGGCCUCAUCCGUGAGCUAUCCGCACCCCUCGCGGGCUCUCUCUACUCAGGCGAAGGCCACUCCCGGCUCUACUACGAUGACCAAGUGUAUGACCUCGCCAUCUCCCACGCUCUCGAGACGACCUCCAUUCCCCAGAAUCAGCAACAUCCCUGCCACAUUCACCACAGAAACAAGGGCGUCAUCGUCGGCGCCAAUGCUCAGACAACCAACCCGUACAUUCUGCCCUGGAUCAUGCGCGGCCUCCUCGAGGAAGACUUUGUCAAAACCGAGCUAAGCGACGAGACCAAGGAACUGCUGCGCCAGUUUGACGAUUGGAAACCAACAAACAAGGCACUCAAGGACGUCAAGUACAGACUAGAGGCGGUCAGGAGUAAGCUUUAG